UUUCGAGAAUUUAAAUUUGCUCAAACAAUGAUUUUUGCUAUUAACGAGAUCAAUCAAGAUCCUAAUAUUCUCCCCAAUGUUACUCUGGGUUGGAAGAUAUAUGACAACUGUGGUACUAUGGAUAUACUCGGGGCUGGAAUGGCAUUGGUGAGUGGAGUAAGGCAAGAAAUUCAGGUUGGUAACUGUAACAAAAGCGAGACUGUGCAAGCAAUUUUGGGCCAUUCUGGAUCUACUCCAACUAUUGGAUUUGCCGAGGUUGUUGGAAGGUUCAGUAUACCUGUGAUCAGCCACUUUGCCACAUGUGCCUGCCUCACCAAUCGCAAAAAUUACCCAACUUUUUACAGAACCAUUCCCAGUGACUAUUACCAAAGCACUGCUAUGGCCAAGCUCAUCAAGCACUUUGGUUGGACCUGGAUAGGUGUGGUAGCUGUGAACAACUACUAUGGACUUAAUGGUGUUGCAUCUUUUGUUCAGUCCGCACAAGAAUAUGAAAUAUGCAUUGAGUACUCAGAAGCAUUUUCAUCCUCAGAUCCACCUGAACUUUUACAAAAAAUUGUUCAGGUGAUAAAACAUGCAACUUCUAGAGUGAUUUUGGCUUUCACGUCUCAUCGAGAAAUUAAGAUGCUGGCUGAAGAAUUGUAUAAGCAAAAUAUUACAGGGUUGCAGUGGGUUGGCAGUGAGGCAUGGAUCACAGACUACUCUCUGACUGACAGCAAAGGACAUAGCCUCCUCACUGGUUCUCUUGGAUUUGUUGUAAGCAAAACACAUAUUCCUGGAUUAGAGGAUCAUCUGAGAAGACUCCACCCAUCACAGUUCCCCAACAGCCAGUUUGCCAAGGACUUCUGGGAGAGUGUGUUUGACUGUUCACUGACAAAUUCUUCAAAUGCAAGCAGGAAACCAUGCACUGGCACAGAAAGUUUGCAAAAUGUGGAUAUAGAUUUCACUGAUGUAUCCGAGUUAAGAUUUGAGAAUAAUGUGUACAAGUCUCUGUACGCAGUGGCACAUGCGCUCGAUGACCUGUUCAAAUGUGAAGAGGGUAAAGGACCGUUUGCCAAUGGGAGCUGUGCUGAUAAGAAAAACAUAGAGCCAUCACAGGUGCUACACUACCUUGAUAAUGUCGAUUUUACCACCAGAGAAGGACAAAGAGUAUAUUUUGACAGUAAUGGAGACUCACCUGCAAGAUAUGAACUGGUGAAUUUGCAAACGACAGAUAAGGGUGCUUUGGAGGCUGUGACAGUUGGUUUAUUUGAUGCCUCAUUUCCAGAAAGCCAACAGUUUAUCAUGAAUAACAAAUCACUAAUAUGGGGCAAUAAUUCAAUGUUGACACCUGUGUCAGUGUGCAGUUCAAGCUGUCACCCAGGGACUCAUAAGGUUUUGACCAAAGGGAGGCCAGUCUGCUGUUAUGACUGUAUUCGCUGUUCAGCAGGAGAAAUUACAAACACAACAGAUGCAUUACAGUGCCUAAAAUGUUCCUCAGAAUUCUGGUCCAACAAACAGCGAGACACAUGCGUACCUAAAGUGGUGGAGUUCUUAGCCUACACUGAGCUCCUGGGUCACCUGUUGGUCCUAUUUGCAUUAAUGGGCUGGUUUCUGAGUAUGAUCGUUACACUUGUCUUCUACUGCCACAAAGAGACACCACUGGUCAGAGCCAAUAACUCUGAGCUGAGCUUCCUGCUGCUCUUCUCCCUCAGUCUGUGUUUCCUGUGCUCUCUCACCUUCAUCGGUCGUCCCUCUGAGUGGUCCUGCAUGCUGCGCCACACUGCGUUUGGCAUCACCUUUGUCCUCUGUAUCUCUUGUGUUCUGGGGAAGACUAUAGUGGUGCUCAUGGCCUUCAGAGCCACACUUCCAGGCAGUAAUGUCAUGAAAUGGUUUGGGCCUCUUCAGCAGAGACUUAGUGUUUUUGGAGCUACUCUUAUCCAAGUCCUUAUCUGUGUUCUGUGGUUAACAAUUAACCCUCCUUUUCCAAAUAGGAACAUGUUGUACUAUAAAGAUAAAAUUAUUUUAGAGUGCAACCUUGGGUCACCCAUUGGUUUCUGGGCAGUUCUUGGAUACAUAGGUCUGUUAGCUUUGUUGUGUUUUGUGUUGGCGUUUUUGGCUCGUAAACUUCCUGAUAACUUUAAUGAGGCCAAGUUCAUCACCUUCAGCAUGUUGAUCUUCUGUGCAGUCUGGAUCACUUUUAUCCCAGCUUAUGUCAGCUCUCCAGGAAAGUUCACUGUUGCUGUGGAAAUUUUUGCAAUUUUGGCCUCUAGUUAUGGUAUGUUGUUUUGUAUUUUCAUGCCAAAAGUUUUUAUAAUUUUGUUUCAACCAGACAAAAACACAAAGAAGCACAUAAUGGGAAAGACUCAGAAUUCUAUUAGAUAUUGA